ACCCUUUUUCAAGAGAACACCGGCAGAUUCCAGUCCCGUGAUGUCCCUUAAAAUUCCAUAGAAUCUAACAAAACUCUCAAGAGUAUCAUGAGUAAACCUUACGACUGUUUAAAAAAACUGUUUUGUCGAGCUCUGUUUCAUUAGUUUAAAUGUCAGAAGGAAAAAAGUUUUUUCCAAGACAUGUAAACCUUUAGUGGAAAUACAUUUUUAAUACAGACAACGGUUCUAUUCGUCUGACGAUGAGAAGAAAAAGAAAGCCGUAAAAGCAAGAGAUAUUAUACUUUAUUAUUUUUUGUCAUAAAAAUGACUUAAACCAUUUUGUCGUUGAUCAAUCGACAUUAGCUGCUUGUGCAAUAGCAACUUCACAAAAUGUUUUUAUGCAAUUAGUGUACAUUGCGAUUUUAUUUCCAUCUUCCAAUAAGAAUGUUUUAAACACUGCUUAGUUAUAUAUUUAUAGUUUCCAUCCAGCUCAAAAUCAGUGACAAAAAACGAACUCGAAUCAUUACAGAAAUUUCUAUAUGAUAGAUGUAAAACAGAAAAAGAAAAAUUCAUCGAUACUCAUCAGAAGAAAUUAAUAAAAUUAAAUCAUGGACCAGUAGGUCAAGAUUACGAACAUCUUAAAACUAAACUUGUACAUAAUAUCUCCUCAUAUAAUCUUACAUUAGAAGAAGAACGUCUAUUAUGUAGAGGAUGGAAUUUCUGCAUAGAGAACAAAUUAACUAAUUUUAUUGAUUUUAAAACGGAUAUGGAAUUAAAUGCAUAUAAAAUUCAGAAGAGUUGUCAUGCUAAUGUAUUCACCACACUAUGUAGAAAAUUAAAUAAUUAUUCGGAUAUUUUUAUGAAAGCUGUUAAGAAUAAAAAGAUUCGUAAUAUAAGUGAUGAUGAAUUUAACGCAAAUAAAUCUUUAAAGAAUAAUAAAAAUAUUAUAAUUUGUCGUGCUGAUAAAGGAAAUGCUAUAGUAGUAAUAGAUAAAAUUGAUUACAUUAAUAAAAUGAAUGACAUUCUUAAACGGAAACAAUUUAAAAGCGCUAAAGAAUCAAUAUUAAAAGAAAAAGAAAAAUUUAUGAAUAAAUAUAUCUUAAAAUUACAUAAUGAUAAGGUGAUUGAUAAAGAAACAUAUUGGAAAAUUCAUGCUACUGGUUCUUCAUAUGCUACUAUGUAUGGUCAACCAAAAAUUCAUAAAUCAAAUUAUCCUGUUAGACCUAUUAUCUCAUCUAUAGGUUCAUAUAUUCACGAUCUCUCAAAAUAUCUAUAUGAUAUUAUUAGAAAUAAUAGACCAUCAAAAUCAUUCUCUUAUGUUCGUGAUUCAUUUGAAUUUGUUAAAAAGGUUACAGGAAUUACAACGAGUUUAAAUCAAACAAUGGUAAGUUUUGAUGUAGAUAAUUUAUAUACAAAUGUUCCCGUACAUGAAGCGAUCGAGAUUACCGUAAAUAUGUUAUUUAAAACAACCAAAUCACCUAAUAUUAUUUACACUCGUUCUCAAUUUAAAGAAUUGUUAACCAUUGCUGUAUGUGAUAUUCCAUUCAGAUUUUUUGAUAAAAUAUAUACACAAGUCGAUGGUGUUGCAAUGGGGUCACCCUUAGGACCCAUCUUAGCAGAUUUAUUUAUGUCUAAUCUUGAACAAAAAUUAAAUAGAUUUUCUACUAAUAAACCACUAACAUGGAUUAGAUAUGUUGAUGAUAUUUUCUGCAUCUUUAAGAAUAA